AUGUGGCAUGGUCACAAGCUGCUGGGCAGCAGAGGAGCUUCUGUUGUGAUCAACGAUCAAUUUGGCGAUGACAAGAGCCUUGUAGCCGUGGCGGAAGCCAUCAAAAAAACCGGCGGCAAAGCCAUUAUCAACACCGACAGCAUCCUUGACGGUGGGAAGAUUGUUGAGACCGCAGUACAGAGCUUCGGAGGACUGCACAUUCUGAUAAAUGCUGCUGGCUCCGCUGCGCAGUCGAAGAGCUUUGAGCAUCUGGACGACGCCGAGUGGUCUGCCGAAACAGAGCUUCAUAUCAAAGGGAACUUUUUGACCACGAAUGCAGCAUGGAAGCACUUCCGGAACCAAAGCUUCGGUCGCAUAAUCAACGUUUCGUCCCUCGUAGGAUUGCACGGAUCGUCAGGUCAAGUAGUUUCUGCAGCAGCUACACAUUCGCAAGUCGGAUACAGUUACACCCUCGCCAAGGAAGGCUUGAAGAAGAACAUCCUCGUCAAUGUAGUCAUACCGAUAACCACACCCGGUUCCGCUGCGCCGAACUUCGAUCAGUCAGCUUCCGUUGUGGCUUUCCUGGUUCAUGAAAAGAACAAGAAAGAAAGCGGCACGUGCUUCCAGAUCAGCGACAAACAGGUGGCUCGACUUCGUUGGCAGCGGUCGGGUGGCUUGCUGUUACAUGCAGACGAUACGAUGACUCCUGCAGUGUUGCUGAAGAACUGGAAGCAAGUGACCAACUUUGAUAAGCCCGACUAUGCGUCCGGUCCACGGGACUUUCUGGAUCUUCAGAAAAAGGGGGCGCAGUUGCCGCCGAAUGAAAGCACAGAUCCAAUUUCUUUCAAGGGUCGAGUCGUUUUGAUCACCGGCGCUGGUUCAGGCCUCGGUCGAGCGUAUGCCCUUCAUUUCGCGUCUCUUGGCGCAUCUGUCAUGGUCAACGAUAUCGCUGAUCCAUCGGCUGUCUUGGAGGAGAUUCGAGACUUGGGUGGCAAAGCGGCAUCAGUCAUUGGUUCGGCUGAAGAUGGCAAAAGAAAUGUGGACGCCACUAUCCGUGCCUUUGGAAGAAUCGACGUUGUUGUAAACAAUGCUGGUAUUCUGAGAGACAAGGCUUUCCACAACAUGUCAGACACGCUAUGGGACCCAGUACUCUCGGUCCACCUAGGAGGAACUUACAAGAACAUACGAGCUGCCUGGCCUCACUUCGUGAAGCAAGGCUAUGGACGAGUCGUCAACACAACUAGCGUGACCGGUAUCUACGGGCAGUUUGGCCAGGCCAACUAUGCUGCUGCAAAAUCCGCCAUCAUUGGUCUUACGCGCGCUCUGGCCCUCGAGGGCGCAAAGCACAACAUCCUGGUUAAUGUCAUUGCCCCGAAUGCAGGCACCAACAUGACCAAGACCAUUCUCAGCGACGAAGUAUCAAAGCUCUUCCAGCCAGCCCAUGUGGCACCGAUUGUUUCCGCACUAGCCAGCCACGUCACAGCGCCAAGCAUCUCUGGAGGAGUGUUUGAAGCGGGAAGCGGGUGGUUCGGAAACACUCGCUGGGAGGUCCUCAAGGGGCAAUCCAAAGAGGUCAAGAGCUUGGAUGAGGCAGCGAACCUGAUUUCAAGCCUCACAGACUCGUCGAAGUCCUAUCCCACAACCAUCGAGGCGAAUAUUGCUUUAUUUAACCAACAAGAUGGAGCACCAAAGCUGAACUCUGGCGACGUGAUUCUCGCCAAUAUUCGCACAGCACAGAGCACUGCUUCCAAGGCUUCAAAAUUUGUAUACACACAACGCGAUCUCGUCUUGUAUGCACUCUCCGUCGGCUCUAAGCAUACCGAGCUUCCACUCGUAUUUGAAGGACACAAGGAUUUUACCCCCUUGCCAGUUUUGGACUCAUCCCUUUCUUCACGCCGAAGCGCAUUACAAGAUGGAUGA